AUGAGAACCCCUAAUCAAGACCUAGACUUAUCUGUACUCAGAAGUUCUCCUCCAGAUGGAACAGAACUAAUGCAAGCAAAUCAGAUCUUUAAUACAGCUCUAGCAAACAGUGGUUCUCCUGUAUCACCAAUUCGUCGAUAUGCCAAGAGAAUGACUAGACUUGUAGAAUCUCAAAAUGCUGAGAUAGCCUUACUUCGGAAACAGCUCGCUGAUGCUCAGGAAGUAAUUGAGACUCGAAAAAAGAGAACUAAAGGCAAAAGAGUCAAAUUACAAGGUCAAUUUGUCUUUAGUAUUAAGGAAAUACUGAAAAUAGUACAUGAGGCGGAGGAAAAACCUAAGGAGAAAAAGCUACGAGGACGACCACGCAAGCGCCCAAUUGAAGAAUCAGAAGAAGAGAUUGAAGAAGAAGAGCUAGAGAAUAGUUCAAAUGAUUCAGAAUUGGAAUUGGAGGAUUGUGUGGCUCGUAGAACAAGAUCGUGUGUAGAAUAA